AUUAUUGCAGUCCGUCAUUGUGAAAAAUAUAAUUCGUGCAUUUUUUACGUUUUUGUAAUUUUUUUUUGUUCAAUUUUUAAGUUUGUUUUCUUACAAAAAUCAUUAAAAACUAUUAUAAAAAUAAAACAUAAACCCACCUAAGUUUCUAAAACAAGCACAAUAAUCAGCUAAAAGCACAACAACUAUAUAAAAAUGGAUCCUACUAAUGAUUUUCCCGUUACUCCCGGCUCGUCCUCAGGAAAUAAUGAUUUUCCCGUUUUACCUCCACCACCAUCUGCCUCGAAUCCAUCAUCUUUUCCCAGCAAUAAUAACCAACAAAAUCAGUCAAACAAGCGUUUGCAACAGACGCAAGCCAAAGUCGAUGAAGUGGUCGGCAUUAUGCGCGUAAAUGUUGAAAAAGUAUUAGAACGUGACCAGAAAUUGACUGAACUGGGCGAGAGAGCCGAUGCCCUGGAACAGGGUGCCUCACAGUUUGAACAACAGGCCGGUAAAUUGAAGCGUAAACAGUGCUUGGCCAAUAUGAAAAUGAUGAUCAUAAUGGGUGUUAUUGGUGUUGUUCUCUUGAUAAUCAUAAUUGUUUCCCUUAUGCCUUCUGGCGGCAGCAGCAGUAACGAUUCCCUACCAGCACCUGUGGCCACCCAGGCUCCUCAUUAGGAAAUCUGUUUAAUCCACUAAGUGAAAAUAAACUAAAUAAUUAUAAUCAAUAAACAAAACUAAUUGUAUAUAAUACAGUUUCACACUAUUUUAUAUACACUUUAAAGAACACCGGGAGCCUUAUUUACUAUAUACAACUAUAUAAUAAUAAAAUUAACUGAAAUUAAAGUUUAAACUAAAUUAAAACUAUUUAAGUAUUAAAUGGUUAUAGGUUGCACAAACCUCCCAAACGAAAAAUAAGUUUACUAACCACCUUUCAAAUUUUUUUUUAUAUAUUUCUGCAAGAAAUUUAAUAAUAAAUCGCAACAAUUUUUUAUACAUUUAUUGUAUACUAAAAAAAAACAGAAAAUUUUAUAAAAAUAUAUACAAAACAAUUAAAACUCUAUACCUAUAUACAAAUAAAUCUUAUGUGAGUGUGUGUUAAAUAUAAUAUUAAUAAAAAAUAAAUAAUUUACAAAAAAUAA